GCUUUCCCCCAAUCUUUCCCGCUUCAGUCUCCCUUGAUCGAUCUCCAAGAAGCAGCUGAAACGAUGUGGUUCUGCUUAUAUAUACUGCUCCUAGCGACUAGUAGAUUAGAUUCUUUCUUUGAAAUAUGUACGAGCAUGUGGCUAAUCACUCACCUGAAAAAAACGCUUCCGGUACGCUGAGCUCAACGCUCCUAGCUCGAUGCACCGGUUAACCCUCGCGGUGACUUCUUCCCGAGCGCCCAUCCAUGGCGGCCGGCAUGGCGCCAAGCGGAGGCGGAGGUGAGAGGCGCGCGAGAGAGGGAACUAAACACAGCCAUGGCGCCCGCGCGGCGCAAUGCGCGUCGUGUCGUACGUGUCAGAAGGCGCAGGCGGGCGGGCAGACACGCAGGCGGGCGGCGUCUCGGCUGGCGCCUGGCGCCUGGCGCGUCCUUUCCCCACAGCUGGCGCCCGGGUGGCUGCGGAUAUCCGCCUACGUCGGCGACCGGACAUUAAUUUAAUUUGGGCGUGCGAGGUUAGCUUCUCCUCUCCUGCUAACAGAAAUUUAAUUUAAUUUGGGCCCGCCGCUGCUAAUUGCGUCGCGACGAGGGUAGUAGGAUGGAUGAUGGGACACGCCGCGGCGUAUUAAAGGCCUCUCCGGCUUGGGUAUGAAGGCCGCCUAGCCCUCCUGGUUUCGCAGAGAUUUGUGUAUUAUUCCAAGCAUAUGCCUGCGAGAAUUUAGCUUUUUUGAAUAAUUGCCUGCGAGAAGUUAAACAGCGGGGAUGUGUGGGAAAGGAGGAGGAGCGACGCGAGGGGGCAAAAAAAAAAAAGAAAAGAAAAAGGGAGCCUGGAUUCGGUGCUCGGAACUGCAAACAACCUAGUGCUCCCUGACAAACUCGUCAAUCAAUCAUGCAUGGUUCCCGCUUGUCACCGAAGGGGACGAGCGUCUUUGUCCCCUUCUAGUCCUUUGCUUGCCUGAAUUUGCUGGCUCCACAGCAAUAUUUGUUUCUUUCCCUUGAAUAAAGAGCAAUUUCUUUUUCGUGGUAGGGUAUAGAGAGGAACUAGUAGUACGGUCCAUGAACUCGAGCAUUCACAUACUCUGUACAGUACGAAGUUCGGAAUAUACGAAGUUCAGAAUAUCUUUUAUCGGAAACAAACAACGAAAUAGGGCACUGGAGUUUAUUAGGCGGUUGACUGGCUGGCUUUGCCCAAUAUCCUUCCAAAUGGAUCAGCAGGGUGUGGCCUAGCUGCUCCCAACCUAAAGCAGUAGUAGUAGCACUACAGCACGACAGUCCAAGCCUGCUUUUUUCCCCCAGUAGCAGCACGCAGUCAAUGGGGCUGUUUGUCUGAAACUCUCAAUCAGAGGCUCAAAGGCCCCUGGAAUGGCGCCCAAAUGGAAGACGCUAGGGCAGGUAGCACCAGCGUCGCUAGCCUGACCCAAGCAACAGCUGGCGCCUGCCUGGUGUCUUGCGCAAGCACCAGAAAGGGUAGGGCCCACCUCCGGACAGGAACAUGGCUCGACCGGAAUACGCGUCUGCUAAUCGCCGAUCAUCAUUACGCAGCCAUAAUACGCUUGGGCGACGCGAUACCGACUCGUAUGAUUCGUGCGGCGAACCGUAGCUUUCCGUCAUGUUCAGACAGGAUUAUGGUUUGUGAGAGCUACUAUAUUCUGGUUUGAGAUAUGCUAUACAGUAGUUAAUAUAUAGAUGUACUAUGUUAUUAGUUACGUAUUUAAUCAUGGAGCAGGUUAUCUUCAGUUAUCAACAGUUUGUUGUGCCCAAUAUAGUACAAAGCACUGUGGACAACUCUACCUGAAAGUCUGAAACCCUAACAGCUCCUAAUGUCCUAGAACUGUUUGGAACUCUGAACGCACACGUUUCUAAUACACAGGUUGAUACGGAUUACUACCUUAGUUUAUUUGCUCUGACCAAUCUGGUCUGCAGUUGUUUUAAGCUCAGCUGGGGAGACCAGGUCUCCCUGACCCGUACUAAGCACCAAGCCUGCAACUUUGAAACUCUGAAAAUCCUCGCAGUGCCUAUCUGAGACCUUGUCUUCUCCAAUGUCAUUACUCCCAACAAUUUUUUUUUAUAGUAUCAAAUAGAACCUUCGGAUAAGUUCCAAAUGGCAUCACUGGAAACAAACAAAACCGUCAAUUAACAGACGGUCAGUAUGUAUAAACUGGAGAAAGGUAGCAGGCCUCCAUUAGAGUGAAAAUGGGUGCAGCAGUAGUAGGACAGCACUGCUGCCUGGAAUCUUGUUCUCGUAGUGCGGCUGCUUCCCUGUCCCUGCACUCACGUCCAAUGGUGAACACAGAACAGGCUUCGGGGUGAACUGAAAUUCUGAAAAGAAUGCAGAUCCUUUUCAUUUUGGGCGCUUUUGGAAGUUGAAAAAAAAUUGGGGCGCUUUUGGACUGAUUUUCUAGACAGAAAAAAAGGUUCUUAUGGUUAAAGGCACCUUUGACCUUAUCUUGUCACGUCUACCUUUAGAUGUGUUACUAGUAGUAGUCUAGUACUUGUGAAGUAGCUGGGCACUAUCUCAAGGCCGGGCUUUUGGCCGGGUGAUAGUGAUCUUCCAUGAAACUGACCUCUGAACCAACGGACAGCUGUAAAAGUCAGCUUUUACCCUAGGAGCAGGAAGUGCUCACUUUCCUACUGAAGUAGGAAAACACGGCAAGGAAGUACCAGUAGCGAGCCAGAGGGUGAAGAAGAUGAUGAUGGCUGAAGUGGCCAAUCACAGCAAGAGGAACCACACCGACAGCUACUUCAGCGGGAAGCCCAUCGUCACCACCAGCUCGGAGGAGUUUGGAAGCAUGACCUCCAAGAAGCCGAGGAACCCGAGCCCAAGGACGUCUCCAGUGUCACCGAAGGAGAAGAAGGACAAGAUCGGCGAGAGGGUCGCAGCGCUCCAGCAGCUAGUGUCACCGUUUGGGAAGACGGAUACGGCGUCUGUUCUGCAGGAGGCGUCAGGGUACAUCAAGUUCCUGCACCAGCAGCUCGAGGUCCUGAGCUCCCCCUACAUGCGUGCUCCUCCGGCCGCCGGCGCCGCGCCUGAGGAUCCCGAGCACUACAGCCUCCGGAACCGCGGGCUGUGCCUGGUGCCGGUGGACCUGACGCUGCAGCUGACCCAGAGCAACGGGGCCGACCUGUGGGCGCCGGCGAACACGACCAGGCGCCGGUGAGGAGCGAGUCCGCCCGCCCCACCGGGAGCAGAGCAGCCGCCCCGGUCUCUGGUCCGCCCGGUGGAAACCAAGGAAGUCCUGCGUCUGCACCUGCAUGUGCAGGGUACAGAAUUUCCAAGCGCCUGACCCCAUUCGAUCUCCUAACAAGAAACUAAAGCGAGCGUCAAUCUCCGCUUGUAUUAUACUAGUGACCUGUCUGUAUGCCUGCCUGCCUGUCUGAUCUCCCCUGGGCACCGUAUAUGUAUGAUCAGAUGUGGCUGGGAACCGCGUCUCUAUGUACUAGUAUGUAUCUAUGUGUUCAGUGACAUGUCAAUUAGCAGGCUGGUGCCGUCAGCAACUGAAACGGCAAGUUUUAAGGCCAGAGAGCCUC